CGAGGUUCGGGCCUUGUUGGUGGUCUGUACAGUAGCAGUGAGAAGAGUGAAGACCUGUCCAGCACCGAAAUCGACAGAUCCGGCGCAUUCGCAUCGCAUGCAUCAUCACAGAGGUCAUUGACGAGGGAGCUGGUGUGCGCAUCUAUUGAGGCUGUAGCUGGGCAGCAGCAAGCAUCGUGUUGUGUUCCCAUUCAUCGCUUUGUCAUUGGAAGGCAGUGAGUGAGUGAGUGGAAUUCGUCGGCUGGCGGCUGUCUUUGAAGGGCAGCAGAUAUGGGGACCAACUUCUCGCGCCGCAUCGGCAGCCAGCCGAAAGUGGGCGUCUUCACGUAAGCCACAUGAUGAGAUGCGCAUAUGUGCACGCCACACAGACAUCGAUUGCUCAUGAUUCGUGUGGCGUGUGGUGGUGUGUGUUGCACUGACUGGCGUCGUCAGGUGGGUGUCGCACCACCCGAAGAAGCUUGUGGCAGGCAUCACGGCUAUAGUUCUCUUCAAUUCUGACUACAAGUUCGGCGAGGCCGUGCAGGUCAUGGGCAACUCGGCUGGGCUCACAAACGUUCAUACGGUGAGGGAAGGUCGGCACCCACCCACAUCCACCACAAACACGUGAACGGGUGGUGCCAUGCGUCUGUGUGGCUGUCUGUGUCAGUUAUGGUUUCUUCGGAUAAUCUUCGGCCGGACUCGAUCGCGGUGGACGGGAUUUCUCAUGGCCAAACCACUCCCACACUGGACGAGGUGAGCCAACCAACACCGCGACACGAACGCUUUCUCUUCCUGACGUUAAUGCCAGUGUGUGUGUGUGUGUGUGUGUGCAGGAAGCAUGUGUUCGGUGCAGGUGCAUAUCUGCUGGGCAUCAACAUGGACGAGGUGCGGUAUCCGAUCGACUCCUACCGCAGCAUCACCGACUUCUUCUGCAGACAACUCUUGCUCGACGCUCGGCCCAUCGAAGACGCACACCCAUCCGCAAUGGUGCCACAGCCACACUCACACUCACACGGUGCCCUCCCAGGUUGACGCGUGUGUCAUGGACUCAUGUCCAUCAGGUGAGCCCGUGUGACUGCAAGGUGAUGACGCUCGGUGACAUCCCUCUGUCGGUGAGCCAGCGGUCGCCGACCGACAUCGGUGGGGGCCUCACGGGCGAGGAGGAGGCCCUCCUUUACGACAUACGGGACGACAGAUACAGACUGCCGGCCAUGAAAGUCAAAGGUCUGUCGGCUGAUGCUGAUGCAAUGCUGCUUACACAGAGAGAGAGAGGAGAAUGAAUGACCACAUUGCAUUGCACUGCUUGUGUCGUGUCUAUCUGUCCAGGCACCAGCUAUCUGAUGAGGCAUUUUCUCGGCGAAGACCCCAGGAGGAAAGCAUCGGUCAGCCACCUAAACACGAGAGAGGAAUCGCCCACACACACAAACGACUCAACAUGCACUGCACCAUUCUGCUUCGUGUGUGUGUGCGCAGAAGCCGCUCAAGUACUGUGUGUUGUAUCUGGGUCCUGCCGACUACCACCACUUCCACUCGCCGUGUGAGUACGACAUCCGCAUGGCCAAACACUUCCCCGGCGACCUCCUGCCCGUCAACAGCUUCUUCUUCAGCACAUUCAACGUCAGCCAGCCAACCACAUAGACAGACGCCAUGACAUGCAGACACCGCCCGCCCGCCCCUCCAUCUGCUCAUUGCAGCUGUGCUGUGCCUCUCUGUGUGGGGAUGUGUUUGUGUAGGACAUCUUUGCGGUCAACGAGCGUGUUGUAGUGAACGGUAAUUGGCACGAGGGCAAGCUGUGGUUUGCGGCUGUCGGGGCAUACAACGUGGGCAGCAUAAAACUCUCAUUCGACAGGGUCAGUGAGUUGGGGGGCAGCACACCAGGCAAGACACGCAGAGAGGGCCGAAAACACAGUUGCCGUGUGUGCGCCUGUCUGUGUGUCAGAAAUGUUGGACCAACCGGUACCGCACCCCGCCUGUCUAUCUGGGAGGGGAGGUCUUCUCCAACCAAUACAAAGGUACACACACCUCACACGCAUCCACCGACACAGACACCAUCUCGAGACAUGUCAGGCCUGAUUCAUCUGACUGACUGAUUGCCUGUCUGUCUGUCUGUCUGUAUGAGUCUCAGAUGGGGUGCGGCUGGACCGAUCGGAGCAUUUGGGGCACUUUCGUCUCGGCUCCAGCAUCAUCCUCAUAUUCGAGGCGCCAGAGGACUGGGAGUGGACUGUGGUGAGCAGACACACACACCGGUGCUGCGUGUCCCGCCCUCACUCUUUUGUGUGUGUGUGUAUGUGUGUGUGUGUUGUGCAGCAAGAGGGUCAGAAGCUGCGUGUGGGUCAGAGGUUAGGUGCUCUCAAGGGCGUUGAGCCCGUUCCCCCCGAGCAGCCGACGCCACUGCUGGCCACAUGACGUGACGAUGCGUCGAAGGGCUGCAAUGCAGCCAGCGUGACGCGGGACAGACAGACAGACACUGUGGUGUGAUGUGCAGCGGGUGACUGACGUGAGGGACAGACAGACGAUUUGGCGGCGAAGCGUUUUGUGACAUGAUUGAUGCGAUGCCUGUAGACAUAUAAUGGACACUUGGUGUGUAUCAGACAGACAUCACUCGAACUCCUGGUCUCUCUGUGUGCCUCUGUUGCCUCUGCCCAGACACACGAAGUGAGAAGUCGAGUCUGCAUGAUGUGUGACACACGCCCAAUGACGGACGCAGCGUGACACACUUCAAUCCACGAGUUAUGAGCGUUCGUGAGUGACCCCCGAAGGAGCAUUUGAUGGUAUAUCUGUGGUUGGUGUGAGG